ACGACCUCGAAGUACACCACCAUCUCGUCAUCCUCAAAACACGAACAGAACUAAAACAGAAACCUCAUUACCGUCCAAUCAGAGAUAAACGACGGAAGGUGUUAUCUGCAGCGACGGCCACACACCUCAGUCUCUCACUCUCUUGUCUCCACGUGUCCUCCGAAACUUCCGUUUACACCAGAUAGCCCCAUCCCCUCUCUCUCUUCGCUUUCAUAUUUAUCUUCUCCUCUCGAACUGACCAACACGCAUUCUCGUCAAUAAAAAAAAAAACUCAAAUUAUAUUACAAACCGGAUUCGAACAAGUUUUUGAGAGAGAGAGAGAGAGAGAUGGAUCACGCAGCAGAUGCUCACAGGACGGACCUGAUGACCAUAACGAGGUUCGUGUUGAACGAGCAAUCCAAAUAUCCUGAGUCGCGUGGUGAUUUCUCUAUUCUGCUAAAUCACAUUGUUCUUGGCUGCAAGUUCGUUUGCUCUGUCGUUAACAAGGCGGGUCUAGCCAAAAUUAUUGGACUUGCUGGGGAGACUAAUGUUCAGGGUGAAGAGCAAAAGAAACUUGAUGUCCUUUCAAAUGAAGUGUUCAUCAAGGCUUUAGUAAGCAGUGGCCGAACAUGCAUCCUUGUCUCAGAAGAAGAUGAAGAAGCAACAUUUGUGGAGCCUUCCAGGCGUGGAAGGUACUGUGUUGUGUUUGAUCCAUUGGAUGGAUCCUCCAACAUUGAUUGUGGUGUUUCUAUUGGAACGAUUUUUGGAAUUUAUAUGGUGAAAGAUGACCAUGAACCAACUCUAGAUGAUGUGUUGCAACCUGGGAAAAAUAUGCUUGCAGCUGGCUAUUGCAUGUAUGGAAGCUCUUGCACGUUUGUUUUGAGCACUGGAACUGGUGUUAAUGGUUUCACCCUGGAUCCAUCCCUCGGGGAGUUCAUACUCACACACCCUGACAUAAAGAUUCCAAAGAAAGGAAAGAUUUAUUCAGUGAAUGAAGGAAAUGUGAGGAACUGGGAUGGUCCAACAGCCAAGUAUGUUGAAAAAUGCAAGUUUCCCCAGGAUGGUUCCUCAGCAAAAUCUCUAAGAUAUAUUGGAAGCAUGGUAGCUGAUGUCCAUCGCACAUUACUUUAUGGGGGUAUAUUUUUGUACCCUGCCGAUAAAAAGAGCCCCAAUGGGAAACUGCGUGUUCUAUAUGAAGUCUUCCCGAUGUCCUUUUUGAUGGAACAAGCAGGAGGUCAGGCUUUUACUGGCAAGCAACGGGCACUGGACCUCCUUCCGACGAAGAUACAUGAGCGCUCUCCUAUAUUUCUUGGAAGCUAUGAUGAGGUUGAGGAAAUCAAAGCACUCUAUGCCGCCGAAGAGAAGAAAGCAUAAACACCUAUGCUGUGGCUAUGUUUGGCAUGGCGCUGCACCACUCUGUGGUCAACGGGGCUACCGUGUCAAAAUUAGCGCAAUGCCGAGCAGGGGUUGUUAUUACCAGAGUCUUGUAGAACUCGUAAUACUUCUGUCUGUGGGCAUUUGACCUACUUCUAAUCAUCUAUAUAUUCAUUAGAUAACGUGUUUUCAUGA